AUUGAGAGAGAUAAGGCUUUUGGCACCCAGCAAUCAGUGAAGGCUUUAGAUUGAUUGCAGUGAUCUUUUUGUGGGGGAAGAUUUCGAAACAGAAGCAAACAAUAUAGAUAAAGUCUCAGGCUGAAAAGAAAAUAUAAAGCCAAAGCAGUGAUCUUUUGGGGCAUUUCUUCUUCAUCUAAUCCAUUUAUUUUGUUUCCCUAUUUUCUCAGAAAUUCUAGUUCUGUGCUCAAUCCGUUUCUUCUCCCUCACAAUCAAUUAGAUUCUUCCACAUGAACUAAAGUCCUCCCAACUGAAGACAAAAGAUUCAACUCGACUGAAAACAGAGACAGUUUUAAAAGAAUGGUGACCGGUUGGAGAAGAGCUUUUUGCACUUCCAUUCCCAAGAAGCAAGACAGCGCAGUUUUACCAGAAAAGCAACAACAACAGCAAAACAUUAGCACCAAAAGUCCAAGAUUUUCCUCAAAGUUUGGGUUUUUCUCCAACCCAUCAACCCCAAGGCUACAAUCUCAACCGGUUUCAAGACCAAGUCUUCGUUGCCGAACUGCUUCCUCUUCCACCCCAACUUCUUCUCUUCCCAAUAGCCCCAAACUCCGCAGUACAUCUCAUUUCUCCAGCCCUUCCUCCCCUAAAUCCCCUUCCAGUUUCUCCUUCCUUAAAUCGACUCUCUGCCUCUCCAAAGGUGGCCGGUGUGGAAUCUGUUUAGAAAGCGUGAAAACGGGCCAGGGAACAGCGAUUUUCACGGCGGAGUGUUCACAUUCCUUCCAUUUCCAUUGCGUCGCUGCCCAUAUCAGGAAGCAACAAUUACUAAUUUGCCCCGUCUGUUCCACCACCUGGAAAGAGUUGCCUUUACUCUCCCUUCAACACCCCGAACAACCCCAUAAAGCAUCUUUCAGCAACAUCAAAACGAAGUCUUUUCGGGUCUAUAACGAUGAUGAACCGUUGGCCUCACCUGUUUCUCUUUCCCAGUUUAACCCCAUCCCUGAAUCCGAGGAAACCGAAAACGACGACGAAGAGGAGGAAUUCCAAGGAUUUUUUGUUACACCGAGGAGUAAUGAGAGAAACGUGGAGGUUAGGUUGUCGCAGGAGGCGGCGAUGGUGGCGGUUGGGAGGAGUUACGAAAGUUACGUGGUGGUUUUGAAAGUGAGCGCGCCAGCAGUAACGCGUGGGUUGAAGAGGGCUGCGAUUGACUUGGUUACGGUGUUGGAUGUUAGCGGUGGUGCGAUACGGUUGCAGAUGCUGAAACGCGUGAUGCGGUCGAUCAUAUCUUUGCUUAACGAAAAGGACCGAUUGUCGAUCGUGAUUUUCUCGUCGAUUUCAAAACGGUUGUUGCCGUUGAAAAGGAUGAGUUCCGGCGGAAGGAGAUCUGCAAGAAGGAUCGUCGAAGCGCUGGGAAGCAACGGUCAAGGGAUGAGUGUCAACGACGCACUGAAAAAGGCGGUCAAAAUAUUGGAGGAUCGUAGAGAGAAAAACGCAGUUUCCAGUAUCAUGAUCUUAUCCGACAGUCAUGAUAAACAGUCACAGUCCAAUCCAACCAAUCAGAACCUUCCAGCUGUUUCCACCACGCGCCUGAGCAAUUCAGAAAUCCCCGUGCACUCAUUCGGCUUCGGAUCGUGCACUCACGCUCCAAACGAGGAUGCUUUUUGUAAAAUCGUGAACCGUCUGUUAAGCGUGGUGGUUCAAGAUGUGAGUCUUCAACUGGGAUUCGAAUCUGGGUCAGCUCCAGCCGAGAUAUCAUCGGUCUAUUCAUUGACGGCCCGACCGGCUGCACUCGGGUCUAGUUCGGUACGGGUUGGGGAUUUGCAUUCGGGCGAGGAGAGAGAACUAUUGGUGGAACUGAAAGUACCCGUAUCUUCUCGCGGGUCCCAUAGAGUGAUGUCCGUACGAUCGUCUUGUGCAGAUCCAUUCACUCGGGAGAUGGUCUACUCGAGGGAUCAAAGCUUGGUUUUACCUCGGCUGCCGCGGUCCGUUCGAUCUUCGUCUCCGAGCGUCGCACGGUUGAGGAACCUCCACGUGAGCACGCGCGCUGUGGCGGAGUCUCGGGCAUUGAUCGAACACAACGAUUUAUCGGGGGCUCAGCAUUUGCUUACCUCGGCUCGAGCUUUGUUAAUGCAAUCGGGUUCGAGUUCGGCUGAGGAAUUUAUUGGGGGAUUGGAGUCUGAGUUAGCCGAGUUGAGCCGGCGGCGACAGAAACAACGGGUACAUAAUAGUGGUAAUGUUAAUAACGGGAGAGUGGAGGAAAAGGUUGAGCCGUUAACGCCGACGUCGGCUUGGAGAGCCGCGGAGAGAUUGGCAAAAGUGGCGAUCAUGAGGAAGCAUAUGAAUAGAGUUAGCGAUUUGCAUGGGUUUGAAAAUGCCAGAUUUUAAUUUUUCUAUUUUGUAACACAAAACAAUGUGUAGCAUGAAAUUACAUAA